AUGGUGUUGUCAAAUCGUUUCCUCUCUGCCGUCGCCAAACUCGGCUUGGUAGCUGGCUCAGCUUAUGCCGAGAAGGAACAAAUCUGGCCAGCCAACACCGAUCUCCUGGAGAGCAUGCUCUUUGAGCAACAAGGCUUCAACUCCCAAAACUCUCCUGCGACUUUUAUUGUUCCUUGCGAAAAGGUUACCUUUGGCACCGGCCGUAACGGCGCCGCAGAAUGGCUGCGUACAGCAUAUCACGACAUGGCAACUGCGGAUGUUGAGAAUGGAAUAGGAGGUAUCGACGCGUCGAUUGGAUUUGAAGUCAACCGUGACGAGAACCCAGGUAUUGGAUUCAACGAGACGCUGAUGAACCUGGCUGCCUUUUUGACACCGCGGUCGUCGAUGGCGGAUCUUAUUGCUAUGGGGGCACUGUUUGCGGCAAAUGGCUGCUCGAAUGGAAGCGUCGAGAUUCCCUUCAGAGCUGGUAGAGUUGAUGCCACUGGCCCGGGCCCGACAGGCGUGCCCAGACCCGAGCAGCCUUUGGAUGAACACAUUACCAGCUUCCAGAAGCAGGGAUUCACUCCACAGGAAAUGAUCGGACUGGUUGCAUGCGGUCAUACCCUUGGAGGAGUUCACGGUGUGGACUUUCCGGAGAUUGUAGACGCCACAGAUGACAACACUCAGACAUUUGACACGACCAACUCAGGAUUCACUGCCUUCGACAACACCGUUGCUGUUCAAUAUGUGAACAACGUCACACAGAACCCCCUUGCCUUUGGCCACAAUGAGACCACCAGAUCUGAUGCAAGAAUCUUUGCUUCAGAUGGAGGCAUCGAAAUUGGACGCAUGGCAACUUCUCCUGCUUACUUUUACAAGACGUGCCAAGAUCUGCUCGAGCGAAUGAUUAACACAGUCCCCAAGGGUGUGACUCUUACCGAGCCUCUUCAGCCUUAUCCUGUGAAGCCAUCACGUCUAUUUGCUACCGUCAACUCUAACGGAACGAUGAGCUUGACUGGCUACAUCCGAGUUAUCGGUACUGUCGCCGCCAACCCCAACCGCUCCAUCAAGCUUCACAUCCACCCUCGUGCCGGAGUGACAUGCACACCGGCUAAGCCUUGCACUGUUAGCAACAACAUCCCAGCAUUCGCUUCCGGCCACGUCAUGUACGGAAACCCCCCACUUACCUUCUGGACGUAUCCCUUCACGGUUGAGGUGCCUCUUGCCCAGGGUAUUUCCGGAUUUGACGUCGAGGUCAUCGACAACAUCAACGGAGUGACUAACAGCACUCUUCAUACGAAUGGCGGCAAUGGAUUCCCAUUCGAUGACACUCUUCUCACGCAACCGCAGCUCUCGUGCACCGAGACACACACUGAGGGACUAAUGAACCUGACUGUUGCAGUAAGCUCACACACUUUAAUCUGA